AUGGAAAACUUCGUUUCGGAUGCUGAUAUGGAAAAUGUAAUGCAAGAGCUAUCUCGGGGUCGGGAGCAAGCCAUGCAACUGCAGAGCCACCUCGUCAACUCUCGACCCUCCGAAAAUUACGAUCCUUUGAUAGGGAAAAUAAUCCAUUCGUACGACCAGGCGAUCUCCAUGCUCGGAAACCGCCGUCCCUCGGCAGUCACGAACCAGGACUCGCCGAGGUCAGCCGCCAGUGACGACUCGGAUCAAGCUGAGCCCAAUAGAGAUCAUCCACCAUAUGGGAGAAGAAUGAGUUCUGCAAAGUGGACACAAAAGGUGAAAGUGUCACUGGAAAUGGGGAUUGAGGGACAACUGGACGAUGGUUUCAACUGGAGGAAGUACGGCCAGAAAGACAUUCUCGGAGCUAAAUAUCCCAGAGGGUACUACAGAUGCACCUACAGGCAUGGGCAGGGCUGUUUGGCUACAAAACAAGUUCAAAGAUCCGACGAGGACCCGACCGUUUUCGAAAUCACGUAUCGGCGGCAGCACACAUGCAACCCACGUGCAAACUCCACUAACAUCACUAAUCCGCCCACAACACAGCCCAGCCCACAAAACCAAGACCCAAGCCCAGCAACCCAAACCCCACACCUCUUAAUCGAAGGCCCAUCAUCAACCCAGCAAACCCAAGUCACAGCCCAAGAAUUAGGCACUAAUGAAAACCCAUUUAACUUCAACGCAUUUACUUGUUCCGAAAAUGACUCCAUUUUCUCGGGUUGUGACAACAUCUUAGGUAGUUCAUCCGGGUCGGGUUAUUUCACUAACACUAGCUAUGGAGAAUUUGCCCAAAACUUGCCCAAUACGGAUUGUGAGCUGAGCCCAAUUGUUGCGCCGACGACUUCAAGCUCUUCGACUUUCGGGUCAAACUAUCCUUACGGAUCUUAUGGAUACGGGUCGAAUUUUAGCUUUGGAGACCCGAGUUACUACCCGUGA